AUGACAGGCAGGGAAGGCCAUCUGAAAGUGCUAAGCUUCGACGAAUUAUUGCGAUCAAGUAGAACAACGACAUCCCCAGUACAGUACACUCAAAAUAACAGAGCGGCACGAUCGUCUCUCAGGUCAGUUGCGUCCAGUGCUGUCUCAGAGACACAAGAUUUGCAGCCUGUGGCAUACGACUUCGGCACGAACCACCCUAGGUGUACACCAUUCAAUUUCGUCACAGACAUUCAGAUGGUUCGAGAACAGGCGCCAGCGACAGAUCCUCUGAUGCCAUCACAAGGCAGAGUUGAAUCUUCUGCUGCCGGCAACGAGAAGACUCCUAUCGAAAUUGCCUCGAGCCCUAUCGCACCAAAACCAACCCAUACACACCCACUCUCACCACAACCGGCAUUUGGCCAGCCUACAGCGCUCAACAACAAUGCCUCUCCACUUGCGAAACCUUCAGCAGCGCGGACGCAGCAGGGUCAAACAGUAAUCAGAAGAAGUGGCGAUGCUACUCAUGCCAAUUUGUUUGCAAAGAAAAGACCAGGAGAAUUCGGAGCAUACAGACCUCCAGGCUCGGGGAACCCACUCGCUAACAUCGGUGGGCAUCCUCGACCGGCGCAGAGUCAACAACAAACGCAUGGAAAUAGUAGCGAGGAUACACACAAUCUGACACGUGGUGGCUAUCCUACGCAUGCGCAGUCACAAAUCUACGCCAAUCCACUCAACGUUCCUCAUCCAACUAGCGAUCCUUUCAUGAUACCGAGACCAGCGAACCCUCCUGCUCGUUUCCAGCCUGUACCACCGCAAACCUUCUCUUCGUCUUCGAACACAAACCCUUACAUGCAACCUGCACGCCCGUUCAUCGACCUUACAAACCCAUCCUACCAGUCUGCAGAAGGGGAUGGCGAAGGCUUCAGCGACAAGCAUGUCUUUAGUGGUGAUCGUUUUGGAACAGUGGAUCCACUGAUGUACUUAGACUCGAGGCAAGCGGACGAAGAUAUUAAAGCUCUGCUCGAAGGUGCAAUGGACGAAGAAGCUGAGAGACCUGGUACACGACGCAGGAAGAAGGACAUCGACCAGAAGGUUGAUGCACUAACUAAAAAGUUACAAGGUGUUCAUGUGAAGACUGAUGACGAAGAGCAGGAAUAUGAAGAAGAGGAUGAGGACGAUGGCACUCGCGAAGGCCUCAAGGUCAAGCUUCUGCCUCAUCAAAUCGACGGAGUGAAUUGGAUGCGCGACAAAGAGCUUGGCACGAAGAGGGUUAAAGGAGUACUGCCCAAAGGUGGUAUUCUGGCUGAUGAUAUGGGCUUAGGCAAGACAAUACAGUCUAUUGCUUUGAUCCUCUCAAAUCCAAAGCCUUCGACGGAAGAGCUGGCCAAAUCCAAACGCAAGCUUGACCCCAGCACAGACCGAGCUACACUCGUCGUUGCACCACUGGCUUUGAUCAAGCAGUGGGAAGCAGAAAUCAAAGACCGCAUUGAUGAAGAGCACAUGUUGAAAGUCAAGGUUCAUCAUGGUCCGCAAAGAACGAAGUCGUUCAAGGAUCUUCGAAAGUACGACGUUGUUAUUACUACCUAUCAAACACUGUCGUCUGAACACAACGAAGGGAGUACCUCAGAGAAGAGCGCUUUGUUCGGCGUCAACUGGUAUCGAGUCAUCUUGGACGAAGCUCAUUCCAUCAAAAACCGCAAUGCGAAAACUACCAAGGCUGCCUACGACAUCAAUGCCGAGUAUAGGUGGUGUUUGACAGGAACACCAAUGCAGAACAAUCUUGAUGAGCUGCAGUCUCUCAUUCGCUUUCUCAGAAUCAGGCCAUAUGACAGACUCGAAGUUUGGCGAGAGCAGAUAACUAAACCCAUGAAUAAUGGUCGUGGUGGUCUCUCGAUUCGACGCUUGAGAGCUUUCCUCAGUGCUUUCAUGAAGCGCAGAACAAAAGAUGUCCUUAAGCUAGAUGGUGCACUGAAGACGGGUUCCAAUGGUCAACAAAAGCAAUCAAAUACUGGCUUCAAAAUCGUGAAGAGAACCGUUGAGAAGGUCGAGGCAGAGUUCAGUGGGCAGGAGCUAGCAUUUUACCAGCGACUUGAGACUCGGACAGAUAAAAGUCUUGAGCGCAUGAUGAUGGGCGGCAACCAGAUGAGUUAUGCUAGUGCUCUUGUUCUUCUCAUGAGAUUGAGGCAAGCCUGCAAUCAUCCUCAGCUACUCGGUGCAGAUCUCUCGAGAGAACAGGACCCAACGGCAGGAAGUAAGACGCCAAGUAGAAAGACUUCCAAAGUCGAUGAUAUGGACGAUAUUGCGAACAUGCUUGGUGGCCUGGGUGUGGAAAGCAAGCUCUGCGAUAUUUGCCAAAUUGAACUCACCAAAGACGCGGUACAGGAAGGACAGCUGAGGUGUACAGAAUGCGAGGAAGACCUUAAACUAACACAGUCUACCGCGUUCAAGACGAAGACGAGCAGGAAGAAGCAAAAGGUCAAGAAACAGCGCAAGGUCAAUCGACGUGUUGUUGUUGACAGUGACGACGAAGAGCAUCAAGAAGAGAUAACGCACGAAUCAGAAACGGAGGAGGAAGUAGAGCACGAUGAGUCGACAUCAGACGAGGCUGAAAGCGGCAGUGACUACGACAGCAGCCCUCAAGCACCACGCACAUCACCAACCUCCAGCACCAAGAUUCGCCAACUCCUCAAGAUUCUCAAACACGACUCCCACACUCACAAAUACAUCGUCUUCUCCUUCUUCACAUCCAUGCUCGACCUAAUCGAACCAUUCCUGAAACGCCACAACCUCAAAUUCGUCCGCUACGACGGCGCAAUGCGAAACGACGCACGAGAAGCAUCACUAGAACAACUACGUACCAACUCCAACGUCCGUAUCCUCCUCUGCUCCCUCCGAGCAGGAUCUCUCGGCCUCAACCUCACAGCCGCCAGUCGUGUCGUCAUCCUCGAACCAUUCUGGAACCCCUUCGUCGAAGAGCAAGCAAUCGACCGUGUCCACCGUCUCAAUCAGACCCAAGACGUGGUCGUGCAUAAACUCACUAUCAGAGACAGCGUCGAGGAACGAAUCCUCGAGCUACAGGAGAAGAAGCGUGAGCUUGCUAAUGCUACGAUCGAGGGACAGAAGGGGAUGGGAGCCACGAAGUUAUCGUUGCAGGAGAUGUUGAAGUUGUUUAGGCAUGAUGGGGAGAAGGAUACGAGGUUGGAUAUGAUUGGGAUGAAGGAUGGGAGGAGUUUGUUGGAGAGGGAUAGUCAGAGUACGAGUACGAGUACUGCUGCUGCUACGACUCAGCGCGGACCGCCUGUGCGCGAGACCAGGGACGAGUCUGUUAUGCUGCGUAAUGGUGCUGGGAAGCCGAAGAGAGCUGAGGAUCCGAUCUAUGGCCGGAGGUGGUAG